UUCUCUCCCUCCUAGCUAGCUUCCCUCGAUCGCCAUGGGCACCUUGUCCUGCCACAACGCUGGCAUGGAGAUGCUGCUGGUGCUGCUGCUGAUGCCAGCAUUGUUGUCACGGGUGACAAUGGCGAGCGACCCGCCGUUCUCGUGUGGCCCAUCGUCGCCGUCGCGGGGCUACCCAUUCUGCGACGCGUCGCUCCCCGUGUCCCGGCGCGCGGCGGACCUGGUGUCCCGGCUGACGGUGGCGGAGAAGGUGUCGCAGCUGGGCGACGAGGCGCCGGGCGUGCCGCGGCUGGGCGUGCCGGGGUACAAGUGGUGGUCGGAGGGGCUGCACGGGCUCGCCUACUGGGGCCACGGCAUGCGGUUCAACGGCACCGUCGGCGGCGUCACCAGCUUUCCGCAGGUGCUGCUCACGGCCUCCGCGUUUGAUGACGGCCUCUGGUUCCGCAUCGGCCAGGCGAUUGGCCGGGAGGCCCGGGCGUUGUACAACCUGGGCCAGGCGGACGGGCUCACCAUCUGGUCCCCCAACGUGAAUAUCUUCAGGGACCCGCGCUGGGGCCGUGGACAGGAGACCCCCGGCGAAGACCCCGCCACGGCCAGCAAGUACGCCGUCGCCUUCGUCAGGGGCCUCCAGGGCAGCUCAGCAGUUGGCGCGGGGGCGCCGCUGCAGGCCUCCGCGUGCUGCAAGCACGCCACCGCGUACGAUCUCGAGGACUGGAAUGGCGUGGCGCGCUACAACUUUGACGCCAAGGUGACGGUGCAAGACCUGGCGGACACGUUCAACCCCCCAUUCCAGAGCUGCGUGGUGGACGGGAAGGCCAGCUGCGUCAUGUGCGCCUACACGGGGAUCAACGGUGUCCCGGCCUGCGCCAGCUCUGACCUCCUCACGAAGACCUUCAGGGGGGACUGGGGCUUGGACGGGUACGUCUCGUCAGACUGCGACGCAGUGGCCAUCAUGCGCGACGCGCAGCGGUACGCGCCCACGCCGGAGGACACCGUCGCUGUGGCCCUCAAGGCUGGUCUGGACCUGAACUGCGGCACCUACACACAGGAGCACGGUAUGGCCGCGCUCCAGCAGGGGAAAAUGACUGAGCAGGACGUCGACAAGGCCCUCAUCAACCUCUUCUCCAUCCGGAUGCGGCUCGGCCACUUCGACGGCGACCCCCGGGGUAGCGCCCCUUACGGCGGUCUUGGCGCCGCCGACGUGUGCACGGCUGAUCACAAGAACCUCGCCCUUGAGGCGGCGCAGGACGGCAUCGUCCUGCUCAAGAACGACGCGGGCAUUCUCCCGCUCGACCGCUCCGCGGUCGGCUCCGCCGCCGCCAUCGGCCACAACGCCAACGACCCGCUCGCGCUGAUCGGCAACUACUUCGGCCCACCGUGCGAGUCAACGACGCCGCUGAAGGGGCUCCAGAGUUACGUGAACAACGUGAGGUUUCUCGCCGGGUGUGACACGGCGGCCUGCAACUUUGCCGGGACGGGCCAGGCGGUCGCGCUGUCGAGCUCGGCGGACUACGUGUUCCUGUUCAUGGGGCUGAGCCAGGAGCAGGAGAAGGAAGGGCUCGACAGGACGAGCCUGCUGCUCCCGGGCAACCAGCAGAGCCUCAUCACCGCCGUCGCAAGCGCGGCGAAGGGGCCCGUGAUCCUUGUGCUCCUCACCGGCGGCCCGGUAGACAUCACGUUCGCGCAGACGAACCCCAAGAUUGGUGCCAUCCUCUGGGCCGGGUACCCUGGCCAGGCCGGGGGUCUCGCCAUUGCCAGAGUCCUCUUCGGCGACCACAACCCCAGCGGUAGGCUGCCGGUGACGUGGUACCCUGAGGAGUUCACCAAGGUGCCCAUGACGGACAUGCGGAUGCGCGCCGACCCGGCCACCGGCUACCCCGGCCGGAGCUAUCGCUUCUACCAGGGCAGGACCAUCUACAAGUUCGGCUACGGCCUCAGCUACUCCAAGUUCUCGCGCCGGCUAGUCACCGGCAGCAAGAACCCGGCGCCCAGCGCAAACCUACUCGCUGGCCUUACAGCGACAUCGGAAGACACCACAAGCUACUACCACGUGGACGAGAUUGGCGCCGACGGGUGUGAGCAGCUCAAGUUCCCGGCCGAGGUCGAGGUGAAGAACCACGGCCCCAUGGACGGCAAGCACUCGGUGCUCAUGUUCCUACGGUGGCCUAACAAGACCGACGGCCGGCCGGCGAACCAGCUGAUCGGGUUCAGGAGCCAGCACCUCAAGGCAGGGGAGAAGGCCAGCGUCAGGUUCGACGUCAGCCCGUGCGAGCACUUUAGCCGGGCGAGGGAGGACGGCAGGAAGGUGAUCGACCGAGGGCCUCAUUUCCUAAUGGUUGACAAGGACGAGUGGGAGAUCAGUUUUGAAGCAUGAAUUGCAGAUGGCAGGAAAUGAACUACAGUUUACAGGUGGGAGCAGUGCAAUUCCUUGGAUACAUAGUAACAGAAAUUCACCAGAUGACACAGCAACUGUUGCGUAAUUUAUAACUCAUAGUUGCCUUAAAAAAUUGAGGUUUUUUAUAAGUGAUUUAUCAAUAAGCAUAUUUACCUAUCAAAUGUAACCAUGUUUACUGGUCAAGUGUAGCUAAAUUAUAAUUCUUUCAAUAAAAUGAUGGAUGUCUUUGAAGUGGGAAAAUAUGACAUGUAUGGGUAAAAGUAGUUAAAUUUAAACCAAAAUUUUCAAAUGUUUUUAUAGCAUUUGAAUUUCUAGGAUUCAAAAAUUAAUUAAGUUCUUAUUUUGCUAGUGUAUUGUUAGUCAUAC